AAGAAAAAAACCCCUCAAAGACAGUGAAUUAAACGAAAGCGCUGCGCGAAACAAUCGCAUCAUUGUAAGCCGAUCGGUGGUGAAAGGUGAUGGCCGCCGGUGUGACUUCCAGGCGUAACGGGUGAAACAGUUGUUCGUUCGAUUGUGAUUCAGUUCGGUCCCGGAUGGCAAGGGAAGGGAUGGACACAGUGCGGGAGGCUGGGACAUUGGGUGGCCUCAAUGGUGGGGGCCGGAAUCGGGCCGAGGGGUCCUUCCAGCAGAGGAAUAUAUUUGCCAGUUUGCUCAUUUUGAGUGCGAUUUGUUGCUUCAUCGAGUGCAACGAUGUCAUCACAUCGAAGGGAGAUACUCCAUCAUCGUCAGCAAAAAACACAGUAAUGGCCGUUUUUAGUCCUAUGAUCAAAACUCCCGGCCCUUGCAAAUUUUUGUCCGGCACGCGCAAACAGAACCAUCAGUGUCGGCGCGACAUCGGACUACCGGAGGCAAUCAAGGAAGCGCGCCGUCUGGCGGUAACGCACUGCGAGGAACAGUUUCGAUACGACCGAUGGAACUGCUCGAUAGAAACCAGAGGCAAGCGCAACAUUUUCAAGAAGGUGUAUCGCGAAACGGCAUUUGUACACGCACUCACUGCCGCCGCCAUCACGCACGCGGUCGCACGUGCUUGUGCUGAAGGAAAAAUGACCAAAUGUCAGUGCGCCUCGGAGAGAAAACCCGAGGCUACGAGUCUGGCCUGGCGCUGGGGCGGAUGCAGUGACAAUCUCAAGCACGGCAAGCGCGUCGCACGGAACUUUCUCGAGCUGCAGCCGAAAAAUUUUGAUCCGGUCGCUGAAAUGCUACGGCAUGAUAGUGAGGUUGGCAUAAGUGCAAUUACCAGCGCAAUGACAGAUCGUUGCAAAUGUCACGGCGUUUCGGGAUCAUGCUCGAUGAAAACGUGCUGGAGAAGGCUUGGCGACUUUAACACGACUGCGGCACUGCUGAGAACAAAAUACCAUCUUGCCAUACGGAAGAUUCCGGUUAACAAUAAAACAUCACGCCGAUCGGCACCGAGGGACUUCCGCCCAAGGGUAAGACAGUCAUUAGCUUCGACGGAAACGCCGAAAAUGAAACGUAACCAAAUAAAUCGCGUUCAAUGCUUGCAGGAAACGGUCUACGAUCAGCUGUACUACUUCGAAACCUCACCCACGUUCUGCUCGGUGACGCGUGGCCGCCGAUGUCUGCAUCCGGACAACUGUGCGACACUCUGCUGCGGUCGCGGCUACACCACCAAGGUCAUCAAGACGCUCGAAAAGUGUCGUUGCCGCUUCACGAACGGGCGCUGCUGUCAGGUGGUGUGUGACUACUGCGAAAAGUACGAGGAUCGAUAUUACUGUAAAUAGUAGUUCCAUCGUGCAUCGUGAACCCGCGAAGCACACUUAUUUAUUCACAUUCAACCAGUAGCAUUGUAAGAAGCACGCAACAUAAGCAGCAGCAGGUUGCGCAAAGCAAAGCAAGAACAGCUUCCUCAUUCACGAAAAUCCAAUCACAUGUUCGUACUCAUGCAUCUUAAUGUUAGAGAUUAUUGAAAGCACGAAGACGAGGAAAGUACGCAAAGAUUCACAUAGUCAGCCCGGCAGCUUUUGUGUACAUUGGCAACGCUGCAACCAAGCAGCAAGCAAACGAAUCUAAGGGUAGCGGAAUCAAAUGGAAUGCUCAGUACAUUUUCUGGUGGCCAUCAAACAAACUCUCUAGUUCUCGUGUAUCUUUAGCGGAUUUCAACAAAAAAAAACCCACUAGCAUCCGGUAGCAUUUAGUCGUAAUUGGUGUCAAACGUGUCCGUACUAG